AUGGCUACUCAACAAGAUCUUCAAGAGCUUCUGCGACUACAGACAGCCCGCAAGAUGCCAAUGAAAGACGCCAUGGCCCAGAUCAAGGCCCUUCAAGGCGCCAGUCUCAGAAGUGUACAGCAAAUCGCCGACGCACCACUGAAAACAGUCGAAACUGCUAUCAAGGAUGCGAGAGCUGCACGGUCAUUACAGAAUGCUUGCAAGGCCCAUCUGAAGCGCAUGCAGGUCUCCCCUACCUCCGCCGGCGCCGCCGCGAAACGCCCUGCUGCCGGGGCGGACUCUACCGCCCAGGGACAAGCAAGCAAGAAGGCGAGGCUCUCCGGUGGCGAUGGCUAUAUGCUCGGGCCUACCGACAUGACACCCGAGGAGCUCGAGGCCUCCCUCUCAUUGCCCCUCGACACCGACGAGGACCGCAUCGCCGAGACCGCAAUCCAGACGAACCGCGCCCCUCUAGUCCUGGCGUUCGCAGUCGAGCUUUUGCGACAUACGAUGCCCGAACAGCCCCCUUCCAGCAGGCUCUCCCUGGCGCAAGCCGUGGUAAGCGCCAAUUCGCGUUCCAAGGCUGUGAGCCUGGGGCUGGACAAGGGGCCAAGUGCGGACGAGGAAGGGUGGGGCGAGGGACAGCCGAGGAUCAAGGUGAUGGGCCGGGAGAUUGCCGUCUUGAAGAGAGGAGGAUACGAAUGGAAAGGGGAAGAAGAGGAGCGGACAGAGGAGAAGAAAGAUAAUGACAAAAUGGGUGCGAUGGAUCAAGAGCCGGAUGGGUCUGCGUCGACACUGAAAGCAGAGGAUGACGCGACGCCGACAACAGCCCAGACACCAAGCUACGACACUUGGUCCACGAGCCCUUCGGUAUCCUUGAAGCAAUCCACAUUCGUCGCCCGCGCAACAGCCAUAACCGAUCCUUCCCAGCGACCUAACCUCCUCAAGUCCCUCUUCGACGCACAGCCUGGCCUCAGAAGCGCAUCCCACAACGUCUGGGCCUACCGCAUCCACCCAUCCGAGAAGGGUAUAAGCAAUUAUCCCCGCGAAUCCUCCCACGAUGACGGCGAGUCACGCGCCGGGGGACCUGCUCCUCCGCAUCCUGCGCGAGACGAACUCCAUGGACACACUCGUCGUCAUGACGCGGUGCGUCUGCGCAGGACGGGCGUCGAGGCAUCCCUGGGCGGCGAGGCGGUCUGGGGCCUCGAUCUAGAGGGCAUCAGAAGCAAGUCCAAGGCAUCUGCAGCAGCGGGCGGCAUGUUGACCCACCGCCCAGAGGCGGCGCGCAGCUACCUGCUCAAGAGCUUCGCCAGCGCCCCUGCGGGUGCGGGUGCAGAUGCGGGCGGCGAGGCCGCCUCGACGCCUGCCAAGAAGAAGACGCUCAAGGCCGAGAACGCCGAGAAGGAAGAGAACCUCGGCCUGCUCCUCGGGGCGCUCCGGCUGCUAUUCGACAGCUGGGCGGACUUCUUGUCGACGGAUGAGCUGGACCGGCGGGCGUGGAGCUGGUAUACCGCUGCGCGGCCCGAGGUGGACUUCGGGCCGUCUGGCUGGGGCGCCAAGGGGACGUUGCGGCUCAAGACCAUCCUGGACUUGCGGAGGAAGGGUUCCUGA